AUGCGCUCAAGGUGUCCAUCGGCCGGCCCCGGCGCUUGUCCCCACACCAAUCCCUCACCCGACUUCUCCUGCUUCUUCCCCUGCCUCCCCUUCAGGUUAUGUCUUCAACUGUGCGACCACCUCCUGCUCACCAACGCUCUCAAGGUCUCCAUCGGCCGGCCCCGGCCACACUUCUUCAUCGUCUGCUUCCCCUCGGGCGUUCCUGUGUACGGCAGCGAUGGCAACGCACAGUGCAACGGCUCGUCCUCCAGUGUCAUGGAGUCGAGAGUCAGCUUCCCCAGCGGCCACACCUCCAUGUCCUUUGCAGUGUCCUUUUCAGGUUUGACCUAUGCUGCUCUCUUCCUGGCAGCCAAGCUCCAGGCGUCCAUGUCCUUUUCGGGGUUGACCUAUGCUGCUCUCUUCCUGGCAGCCAAGCUGCAGGCGUUCAGUUUGACCUACGCUGCACUCUUCCUGGCAGCCAAGCUGCAGGCCUUCAGCACAAGAGGGAGGGGGCAGCUGUGGCGGCUGGUGCCGUCAGCAUGCUGUCUGGCGGGUGCUGCUUCUGUGGGCAUCACUCGAGUCGUGGACUACUGGCACUUCCCGUUUGAUGUCUUUGUGGGAGGGUUGAUAGGUAAGGGCUGA